AGAAAGUAGCAUGCAUUUUAUAUUUUAUGCACUUUCCUUCUGCUCAUUCUUUGUAUAUAUGUACAUACUUUCCACUAUAAGGAAAAGUCAAGAAGCAAAAGAAGUAUAUGGCUCGACAGUACAAACACUGUAUGUAGUAAAUGAUGUUGUUUCCUACCCUGUAAAGCUGCCAAGAUUUGGAUGCUGUUCCAAAAAUCAAUAUGAUUAUGACGAUAUUGAGUAUCCUGUUCCUUUCAAUCAAUUAGUAUCAGACGUUUCAACACACUACGAGAACUAUGGAAUUGCAAAUAAAUCAUUACCAUUUCUUUUGACUGGAGAUAUUCCCACCUAUCAUUUACACACUUCAGACGUAUUGAUGAUGACAGGUGCAUCAGAUAAUCAUGGUUAUGGUUCCUUUAAUUGUCUUUAUUCUAUGGUUUUGGCAGAUCCAUAUGCCUCAUAUAUGUACAUUGAUUUAGGUUUAUCACCUGAAUUGAAGGAGAAGUUGUUUGCUCAUUUCGAAACAAUUCACCAGAUUCAGAAGAAAAUGAAAUCCACUGGGUUUAUCGCAUAUCGCAAAUUCAAUUGGAGUUCUUUUCCCAAAUGGAUGAAUCUGUUUGAGAAUAAGGAUCAACGUGGUGGUUAUACUUGGAAAGUGGUGUCCUACAUGGAUGCUUUGUUUUCGUGGAAAGCAAUCACUUUUUGGAUUGAUGGAGGAAGUCUUAUCCGAGAUGGAAUCAGCAGAGAAGUGACAAGUGCUCGUCUUGAAGGAAUCUAUACUCCUGUAUCUGGUGGUGGUGCAGGAAAAUGGACACAUAUUACUACGAUCAAGUUUUUAGAGCAAAACCAUUUUAUUGAUUCAUUUGAUCCAAAAUGGAGAAUGGGUUGUGGAGGUCAUUUGAUUACUGAUUGGUCCAAUAAAACUGUCAUAAACAGAGUGAUAAUACCAUAUCACCAAUGUGCUUAUACACAGAGGUGCAUAUCUCCACGAAGAUCGAAUAUGACAAAUCAUAGACAAGACCAAGCUGUUUUAUCAGCAUUGGUGAACAAUAUUGGCACUAUCAAAUCAAUGGAUGCAAAAUACCAGGCACUACCAGCAUUACGGCAAGAAAGAGGAAACAAUGAAAAGUUUUGUACGAAGAUUCUAAACAACUAUUUAUUAAGUAUACAAAAUACAUAUCAAAUAAAAAUCGAAAAUAGAUAUUACAAAACCACCGACAUUUCGUAUACACCUAUAAACUAUAAAUUUGUAUCUCGUCCAGUAGAUGAAGAAUGGGCACCACAAAGCUAGAAGAUUGGCAUUGUUUGUUGAUACGAAAAAAUAAAGUUAUGAUUAGUAUAACGAUUUCUAGUAAAAAAGUAUUAUCUGCAUAAGCAAUUUAUAUAUAUAUAUAUAUAUAUAUAUAUAUAUUCAUAUAUUUUUUUAAAAUAAGAAUUGUAGUUUUAUUAAUUAAUGUAUUUUGAUAUAACUUUGUUUAGGUAUAUUGCAUCUAUAACACUAAUUAUUGGUUAUUCAUAUUUGUCUGGUAUUUUCAUUCAGUGUUUUAAACGAUAAUAAAACGAAUUGCAUAACGAAAAAUAGAUAUCGAUUUAUUAUCGGAAAAAACAGAACAGACCCGCCGUGAAUAUCCCUUAAUAUUAACUAUUGUCAUAUGUAGAAAUACUGAGAAAAUUUCAUUUCUUUGCAGAAAUUCGAAUUUGAUCCACGUUUAAUUAUUUAUGACGAGUUUGAGCACGAAUUGCUUGAAAAAUGAAAGAAUAUGAAAUGACACUUUUAUUCAACAUUUUACCAUAUGAAUCUUGAAAUCAAUGGUCGAUGUGUAUAAGUGACGAUUGUAUUGUCAAUUUUCGAAAAUUA